UGCGGCCGCCGCCAUGGACAUGAAGAACCGGAUCCAUUUGGAGCUGCGGAACCGGACCCCGCCGGAUGUUCAAGCGCUUGUUCUUGACAACUGCAGAUCGAAUGAAGGCAAAAUUGAGGGGCUGACGGGCGAGUUUAUCAACUUGGAGUUCCUCAGCUUAAUAAAUGUGGGGCUGACAUCUGUGGUGAAUCUCCCUAAGCUCCCCAAAUUGAAAAAGCUUGAACUCAGUGACAACAGAAUUUCUGGAGGUCUUGAUGUAUUAGCCGAGAAGCUUCCUAACCUCACGCAUCUAAACCUCAGUGGAAACAAGCUGAAGGAUAUCAGUACCUUGGAGCCGCUGAAAAAAUUGGAAUCUCUGAAGAGCCUUGAUCUGUUUAACUGUGAGGUAACAAACCUGAACGACUACCGAGAGAGCGUCUUCAAGCUCCUCCCUCAGCUCACUUAUCUGGAUGGAUAUGAUCAAGAGGACAAAGAAGCGUCUGACUCGGAUGCUGAAGUAGACGGUGUCGAUGAGGAAGAUGAAGAGGAGGAAGGGAAGGAAGAAGACGAAGACGAAGAUGAAUUGGGUGAAGAGGAAGAACUUGACGAGGAGGAUGAGGAUGAAGAAGGAGAAGUAGAAGAAGUAGAAGAUGAGGAAGAUGAAAUCAGUGGAGAGCAGGAAGAGGAAGGGCUUGGCCUUGAUGGAGAGGAAGAGGAAGAGGAGGAAGAAGAAGAGGAAGAGGCUAGCGCGAAAGGUGAAAAGAGAAAAAGAGAAGCAGACGACGAAGGGGAUGAAGAUGAUGACUAAGGCCUCGCGUGCCCUCAAAGGACUGUUCAGUAUUGCUCGGGCCACCCGUU